AUGAAUAAUGAACAGCGUGAAGAAACUUUCCCUCUCUGUCUGUGGUCUGUGGACAGUUGCUCCUCCUCCAUUGGGAACCGCCGCGUGAGGAAGCAGAGGCUGUCCAUCGGCAGGUACUGCGACCGCCUGGCCACCGUGGAGCACGAGUUCCUGCACGCGCUGGGCUUCUUGCACGAGCAGUCCCGGGCGGACCGCGACGACUAUGUCAACAUCAUGCUGGAUCAGAUUGAGCCAGACAGGGCUCGCAACUUCAGAAAGUACGACGACAAGGUGUCCAGCUCCCUAGGCGUGCCCUAUGACUACGGCUCGGUGAUGCACUACGGCAAGAGAGCGUUCAGCAUCGCCUCGAAGCCGACCAUCGUCACCAAGAUCCCAGAGUUCAUGGACGUGAUCGGCCAACGGAUAGAGAUCAGCGGCAGCGACCUCCUCAAGCUGAACCGCCUCUACAACUGCACCACCUCUUCCACCUUUGUGGAGAGCUGCGACUUUGAGGAGCUGAACAUCUGUGGGAUGAUCCAGGGUCCGAACAACAAGUGGGAACAGCGUAUGGCUGUGAGUGCAGGACCUCAAACAGACUUCACCUCAAUGGGACAAUGCAAAGGAAAGGGCUACUUCAUGCAUUUCAGCACUGCAUGUGGGUGCGCUGGGGACAGUGGGUUUCUUGAGAGCCGGUUCUUGUAUCCUAAACAUGGGGUCCAGUGCCUGCAGUUCUUCCUCUACAGCAGCGGGGGAGCUAACGAUUCCCUCAAGAUGUGGGUGCGGGAGUAUGACGAACUCUACCCUCAAGGUCGAAUGACGCUUUUUGAGACCAUAACAGGUUCAAGCGGAUCAUGGGAGCUGCAUCACGUGACUCUAAACAUCACCAAAAAGUCCAGAGUGGUGUUCGAGGGGGUGAAGAGAAACGCCUCUGCCACGUUGGGGGGUCUCUCGCUCGAUGACGUUAACAUCUGGUCCGGCCAAUGCCCCCAGCAUGUGUGGAAAAUACGCAACAUCACCAGUCUCCUGGCAACCACGCCAGCAGGCACCAGGAUGUACAGUCCCUCUUUCCUGUCACCGACUGGCUAUUCUUUCCAGGUAGGUUUGUACCUCAAUGGACGCAGCACCCGUCCUGACACCAUGGCGCUCUUCCUGUUCUUGACCUCCGGCCCAAACGACGACAGCCUAAAGUGGCCUUGUCCCUGGCACCAGGCCACCAUGUCUAUGAUGGACCAGCAGUCGGACGUCAGGACCCGGAUGAACAUGCAGCGCAUGGUCACCACUGAUCCAAACAAGAUGGACGGUCUCGAGUUCUUCUGGGACCGGCCCAGUAAGGUGGGGUCCCUGGUGAGCGGCCCUGAUGGGAGCUACUACCGUGGCCCUGGCACUGGGACGAGCAGCUUCCUCACCCACAGCCGACUGCACAGCAGGAAGUACAUUAAAGGAGACGACGCCUACUUCCUCCUGAGUCUGCAAGAUAUUUCUCAGUUGCUGCUCCCUCAGCCCCUGCCCCCCACUGCACUCCGCCGCAUGGCGAGGGCCUUGGCCCCAGACGUACCCCUGGGGGCCAACAAGGGCCAAAAUACCCUAGCGAUGGCGCUCACGCUGACUGUGUCAGCGUCGCUGCUGUUGGUUGCCUUGGUUAUCAGCAUCUACAUGCAGAGGAGAAAGAGGACACAGCAGACUGACACAGUGGCCAUCUUAGAGGCUAUGCCUGGAUUUAUGGAACAGUGAAGGCCUGAAGGAUUCACCACCCGUCUCUUUGAUCAACCAGCCGUGGGACAUCCACAAGACUGCCCACUGAAUUACUAUGCAUGAAAGAAUAAAAUGUCUACAAAUCACAAUUAAAUCCGGGUGAAUAAAGCCAUUGAAGCUGUGGGUUAAUAAUUGUACCCUAUCCAACACCCACAACAUGAUUUUGUUAAAGCAAGACCUGAAAGAUGAAAGUAUAACAUAAUUCGUGUUGCCUUUAUUCCACUAGUCGCUUACUUAUUUGAUAUAAUCUACUAUAUAACUAUAUCUAUACAAAAUAAUCUUGUGCCACAAGAUUAUAUUUGUGCCACGCUAUUGCAAUGCUGAAAUCGCUCAAUUUAAAUGAAUAAAAAAAAAAUGCUUCAAUAGAAACAC